UUGAGGCAAGGGGAGGGAAACCUGACCAACCGAAUCAAAAACCAGGCAGUGACACUCUUCUCUCUCCCUCUCUGUUUUGGCGACAACAGUUCCUUCACUUCGUGCGGGCGACGAUAAGGCAUUUACCAGGAAGGCAGGAGACGGCCGUCAACUGGUGACCAUCCGAUCCUCUCAUCCCUUAACGCGGCUUCGCUCCAGUAAUCUAUCUAUCUAUCUCUAUCUCUCUCUUCCUUUCUCUCUGUGGAAAGCUGCUGUCAUGUGGUGAGCGCAUUCGGUGUUGGUUCUUAGUAGAUUCACGGAGACCGUGUCUUCCUUUGUAUAUGUGACGGUUUGUUAGCGUCCACUAGAUUACUGCAUCCUCUCGUGGAAGGCUGGAUAAGUCGACGCGGAUCUUAUAGUGACUUCAGUUUGAAGAUCUGUGGCGUUUCAUUUGUAGUUCACUUUAUAUUUGUCUCGCGAUGGGUAGUUGCUAAAUCUCCACUUUGGUCUUGGGUUCUUGCUAGUGGAGAUUUUGGGAUCUUGGAUUGCUGAAAGUGGGUAUUUUGAAACGUUUUUUUAUUGUGAAGCGAGACAGAGUUGAGAGUGGGUCCGUGGGAGUAUGGUUGCCUUCUUGGAUGAAACAGAAGAAUGUGGGUUAACGACAUAAAGAUCGUUCUUUGUUUUGAGAAUCUAGAGUUUGUUAUGGCGGAUAGAUGAUUUUUGGCAAGACUGGAAAUAUCCUGGGUUGGAAUUUUAGCUCUUGGAUCAGUAAUGUGCGAUUUCUGAAGGGAACGUAGCAGGGAAAAUUUGGUCGUCGUGGAGCGACUAGAAGCAUAACUAUGUCAUAAUUCCAUCGUUCUUAUCUAAUGGCAUCUCUUAGACGAUCACCAUUGGCGGGACAGGGUGAGAGAACUGCACAGGACGCAGAGGCUGUUCCGCAUGCCGAUUGAGAGGAUAUUGGCCGCUGUGGUAUCCAUGAUUUUCAAUUUUGUGAUGGGCUUCUGUUUGCAGAGAGGUCGGAGCUUGGAGAGUGCAAAAUCAAGAGCACAUGGGUGGAAGAGAGCCUUCUUGCAUUUCUCAUUAUGUUUUAUAUUUGGGCUUCUAAUUGGACUUACUCCCACUAUCACACUGGAUUUCCUUCCAAAUCUUGACUUGGGGCAUCGAAAAUUACCAACAGGUUUGAAUAGGGAGAGCAAGGGUUUUGCUGGAAGCAGGAAUCAAUCAAUUGAAUCACUCUUUUUGAAUGCUAUUGCUGGUCGGGAACCGCGACUGAGAAAAGAGACAGGGAAUGGGACUACUGAAAAUUUUACUACAUCAGCCCGUGUUGAUGAGCUCCAGAAAUUGUUGAUAGUUGCAAGUCCAACAUAUAGUCGCUCCUUCCAAGCAUAUUAUUUGAAUCGUCUCGCUCAUACUUUGAGACUUGUCCCUCCUCCUUUGCUUUGGAUUGUAGUGGAGACCUCUUUGCAGACUGCUGAAACUGCUAGGUUGUUAAGGAGAACUGGGGUGAUGUAUAGACAUCUCGUUUCUGAUAAAAAUUUUACAAGCGUAAGAGAUAGGGGCAUUCACCAGAGAAAUGUUGCUCUUGCUCACAUUGAAAAGCAUCGACUGGAUGGGAUUGUGUACUUUGCAGAUGAUGAUAAUGAAUACUCUAAGGAUCUCUUUCAAUAUAUAAGGAACAUAAGACGUUUUGGAACUUGGCCUGUUGCCACGCUUGUGAAAACGGAAAGCUGGCCUCUAAUAGAAGGCCCUGUUUGCAAUGGAAGCCAGGUUAUUGGGUGGCAUACAAGCUUAAAAAAUAAAAGCGUCCGGAGAUUUCCUAUUGAUAUGUCGGCCUUCGCCUUCAAUAGUACAGUACUAUGGGACCCUAAAAGGUGGCAACGUCAUGCUGUUCAGCCCAUAUGGCAACAGGACACAGUCAAGGAAUUAACUGCAUUAAUAGAUCGAGUAGUUGAAGAUGAAAGCCAAAUGGAGGGCAUACCACCUGGCUGUUCACGUGUUCUGGUUUGGAAGCUUCACAUGGAAGCGCCGGCACUCUCUUCUCCAAAUGGCUUGGUUGUGCAAAAAUAAGUAUGGUCGCUUCUUUUUAAUGCCUCGGUUGUCUAUAUGAUGGAGACGACCAGUGAUAAGGUCUAAUUUCAUUCUUAGAUCUUUUAUUCAACCAGCUACAGCCCACAAUUAAAGGCGCAUAGAUUUAAAGCUUUCAAUAGAAACGUUUACGUGCUAAUUUUUCAUGCUUGAUCUGCUACCAGUUCUCAAUUCUCAACUGGCAUUAGGUCUUUGUGGAGCACACACCUGCUUUUAUGGUCUAUUUCUCAGACAAAAAGUACAGGGUCCAUUUGAUGUGCAUUGUUGAUGAUGCCAGAGCUGCUGGCUUUCUGGAAUACAAUCACCAGUCACGAUACAUUUCCUGCUCCCGCGACGGCUGGUGUCCAUAAUAGCAGCAUGACUCUCUCAUUUAUAUAUUUUAUUAUUUUGCCAGGUCGAAGCCUGUGGCUUAAGCUCCGUAUUGUUUGCGCUUUCUUUUUAGUUUUGCUCAACUGAUUCUUCUCUUCUUCACAGUCAAAUUAGUUUGAGUUUUGCCAUCUGUAUCUGCUGUAAGUUGAAGGAAUGCUUUGACUGAUCCGUUUAUUAGUAGAUCGGGGAUGAGGUGGCUGUGUCUUAAAGUUUCAUCAUGUGCUGUGAAAUUUGUGUGUUUUUUCAUGAUUUUCAAAGAAAAACCUAUUAAAUCAUCAUGUUAGCAUCUCCGUAUAUAAUUCAGUUUGUCUUCUAAAUUUAUCGUGGUUUCCGUAGAUGGUAGUAGCGUCACUAAUAUUACAACUCACAGAGAGAGAGAGAGAGAGAGAGAGAGAGAGAUGGCUGUGGAGUAACAAGUGAAAGUUGAUGCAGGUGGAAUCUUCGAGGCUCCAUAUGAGUGAGACAAGAAAGGGAGCUAACGAAAUGCUUUACUUCCGCAACAAUCUUGGCAUGUACAAGCAGUGGUCUUGCUAUUUAAAGCUUUGUCCUUUGUUGUCGUUCA